GCUUUUUCCUUUAUCGUGAUGUUUUUAUGGCUUUAUAUUUUGCCUGAUGUUUACGAGCUACCUAGACAAGGUUGUAUGCCUACUGCUUAUCAUAUUAAUACUUGAACAUCGCCAUGCUUGGUAUCUCCAUAGUGGAAUAUCCCAAAGGUGAUGCUAUAUAAAGAAUGUUCCAACGUGGGGGCCAACCAAACACAGCCAUAUUUGAUAUCUUCACUGCCUCAGGCUGUGAGCCAAUCGUAUCUGCCUUCCGGUCAUGUGAGCAGCCCCAUCAUCUUCAUCGUUGUUAAACAACUUCAACUUCAUCUUGGUCGGCUUCAUCCAUCAGGUUUCUAUCAAUUCAUCUCUUAGUCCUGACCCAGUGAGUCAGUACCGCGAUGAUCAAGUAUCGCAUGCUAACUAACAGCAGACAUGGCAAGGCGAUCACCGGCACAACAUCCUGGAGCUCGACUCUACCACAAAAAAUCCCGAAACGGCUGCGUGAGAUGCAAGGCCCGACGAGUCAAAUGCGACGAACAGAAACCAAGCUGCGGCAGCUGCACUCGUCAUGCAGUGUCCUGCGUCUACAAUGCCCCAGUCCAGCGCGGGGAAAAGCAGAACCAGACAGACAGCCUCAGCCCGCAUGAUCAUCACAGUUCGAUGUCAUCACCCAGUCCCGGUAUGGGGUCUAAAAGUUCUCAAGUCUCUCAAGACAAUGAGAAUGAUGACAUCGAGCCCCCCGAGUCCGAAUCUCGACGGCUACUCGAACUAAGACUUUUGCAAAAUUAUUUUGUCAGUGUUUUCAUAGCAACACCGGCAGUUUGGUCUUUCAAGGAGGCACCACGCAUAGCUCUCGAGCCAGGAAGCCAGGAUUUGGGUAUGCUGUAUGCCAUCUUCUGCUACUCGGCUACCAACAUCAUUCGCAAAGAACCAGGGAACGUAGAGAUGGCCAGCGCUCAACAAAGAUAUCUAACGCUAGCGAUUCAGAAGCACCGCAGAGCCGUCUUGGAGCUAGGUAGCCACAACGCUGCCCCUGUCUGUUUCAUCUCGUUAAUGAUACUUUCAACACUCUUUUCAAAUGAGAGCGGUCGAGAGAUGGUGCCUUAUUCCCCGCCAAUGGAAUGGUUGCGCAUGGGCAAUGGUGUCCAGAAUGUCUUUUCUGUAAUCGUCGACAAUAUCACCAACUGGGAUAUGUCUCGAGUCGGAGAGAUGUUCGACAGUACACACUGGCUUUCCGACUUGUCCAGGUUGUUCGUGGAGGAGAACAGGAAAGACUUUCUAUACCUGCUUCAACCAGAUGCCUCGGGCGACCAAUGGCAGGGUGAACUCCUCGAUCCUAGAGUCCGAGAAUCCUAUGAAAAGACUUUAAGUUAUAUCGGGUCUUGCUAUAAUGCGUUCAAUGAUGCCGAGUCCGCCGUGCAACUCUGUCGAAGGCUAUUGAGCUUCGCGAUCAUCAUUCCUUCCUCAUUUGUCGAAUUGCUGGCCGAACAAAGGCCUCGUGCAUUGGUCAUUCUUGCUCACUUUUAUGCUCUUGUUGCUAGGUUGCCGUACGUAUGGCUCUUCGGAGAUACUGGUAAGAGAGAAGUUUCGGCGAUCCAGAAAGCUAUAUCACCCGGAUGGCAACAAGAGAUGCACCAGUGUUUUAUAAUCGCUGGUAUCGAUACUUCAUCCGAACAGGAUUAUUCGAUAUUCCCUCUCGCAUUGUCUUUCAAACACAUUAACCAAAGCGACCGGAAUGAUAUCGCGUGAGAAUAAAUUCCCGUGAAAGUCGACCUCCUUAGGUGCUUCGAUGUGUGGAAGGAGCAACCACCAAAACAGACCAACACUUUUAAUCGAGCCCUCAAGCCCUUAAAUAUGACCCCGUUAAACUAAUGAAGAACCGUUGCACUAAAUGCAUGCAUUAUGCAUCCAAAGUGGGUAUCAACGCCA